UCACACCCAAAAAAACCAAAAAUUGAAAGAAAUGGAGGGUCAAAGUUCAAUUAACAAGAGCAACCUCAAAAUGUUCAACUUUUCAAAAGCAUCAAAAUCAACGGCAUGGUCAAGCAAUACUGGAAUGGACGUAGAAGCUGUUGGAAAUGAGUCUCCUGUUUGUAGGAGAAGAGUCGGUCGCCCCCCAGUCCACCCAUCAUCUCCAAUUGAAUAUCGCGAACAAGAUCGUUAUAUGCCCAUCGCCAAUGUUGUCCGUCUGAUGCGACAAAGUCUCCCCUCUCACGCUAGGAUAUCCGAUGAAGCUAAAGAAACAAUCCAAGAAUGUGUUACAGAGUUUAUUAGCUUCAUAUCUGAUGAGGCCAAUGAUAUGUGUAAAGCUGACAAACGUAAAGUCAUCACGGCUGGUGACUUGGUGUCAGCCAUGUCUAGGUUAGGGUUUAGAAAUUAUGCUCAUUCACUUUCAGUCUACCUUAAGAGGUAUCGCCAGUUGGAGGGAAAAUAUCACUCCCGCUCCCAGACCCCACUAUAUGCAACCGAUGCAUAUAGUGGGGGUGGGGUAGUAAGUGGAGGUUUUAGUAAUGAUAAUAAGGAUGGUGUUCAAGAGGUAGUGUCUUUUCAUCCUUUUGUUGAGUUCAAGUGAUCGAUCAUCAUGCAACAAUACCAUCAAUCAAUAAAAUGCACCCCAAAUCACUAUUAUUUUGGGUAUUUAAGUCUUCUAAAU